GCUACGGUAGUCGCUCAGUUCCGCGACUAUCACGCAGAGAAGUUCUCAGGACAGGGAGACCCCCGUAUCGUUGAUGAAUGGAUUCAGGGGUUAGAGUUCAUCUUUGAGGUCAUGGAAUGCCCCGAUAGAUAUCGCGUAGUUUGCGCUCAGCUUCAGCUCACUGGUGAUGCAAGGCUCUGGUGGAAUGCCUACUGGAGCAUGCGUCCCGGUGAAAAGGCGGGUUGUACAUGGGACAUGUUCAAGAAUCUAGUCCGUGACAAGUACUACCCUUCCUACUAUCAGGCAGAGAUGGAGCGCCAGUUCUUAGCGCUUCAGCAGGGCACUCGUACAGUAGAUGAGUACGAGCGAGAGUUCACCAGGCUUGCAGGUUUCGCACCGGAUCUUGUUCGCACGGAGGCCCAGAGAGCUCAGCGGUUCAUUGACGGACUUUACCCAGCAGUUCGUCAUAACAUC